AUGAUGAAGGAACCUCACAGCCCUCACAUUAUAGAGUUGCUCGAGUGGUUUGAGGACCAAGAUAAUGUGAUUUUGGUUAUGGAGUAUCCAGAGCCCUGUGAAACACUGUAUUGUUUCAUUAAGCAUAACAGUGGACAUCUAGAACACAGUGCUGUGCGGAUGAUAAUUGUUCAGAUUGUCCAGGCUGCAAAGGAUUGUAUAGACCAUGGAGUUUGCCAUGGAGACAUCCAUUCUGGAAACAUUCUGGUCAAUACAGCAUCCUUGAACAUCAAGCUGAUUGACUUCGGAUGUGGACUACGAAUCGGUGGCAAGUAUCUUGUUGGUCUUUUAUUAUUUCCUUAG